GCCCGGGAGCGUUCAAAGAUGGCCGCCGAGUGGACUGACUUGUCUUGAAAGAGACUUUAAUAAAGAUUGCUUGACGUAAUCAGUCAACAUAACUACGUUACCCUUUGUCAUCGUGGCGCCUUCUCGAAAUCAUACAGCAUCGGCAUUCGGGUGUGAAAGGGAUGGCGAGUCAGUCAAUGGAGGUUGUUGCGAAGGCUUUGGAGCAGCAGAUGCUGCAGACAGCGCGGAUAGUGGAAGAGCAGCUGGAUGCUAAACUGGACAAUUUGGAACGGAUGGAUGAAGAUGACUUGGAACGGCUCAAGGAGAAAAGGCUCGAGGCCCUUAAGAAAGCUCAGAAACAGAAGCAGGAGUGGAUAUCUAAAGGACAUGGAGAAUACAGAGAGAUUCCAAGUGAGAAAGAUUUCUUUGCCGAGGUGAAAGAAAGCAAAAAUGUGGUCUGCCAUUUCUACAGAGAUUCUACAUUCAGAUGCAAAAUUUUAGAUAAGCACUUGGGUAUUUUGUCCAAGAAACAUCUGGAAGCAAAGUUCAUCAAGCUGAAUGUUGAGAAAGCUCCGUUUCUAACCGAGAGGUUGAGGAUUAAAGUAAUUCCAACAUUGGCUCUGGUAAAGGAUGGGAAGACUAAGGACUUUGUUGUGGGCUUCACUGAUCUGGGCAACACAGACGAGUUCCCUACUGAAAUGUUGGAGUGGAGACUGGGGUGCUUGGAUAUCAUCAACUACAGUGGGAAUCUUUUGGAGCCCCCAGCAACUGGGCAGAAGCAAGGGUCAAAGUUUACCAAGGUGGAGAAAAAGACCAUCAGAGGCAAAGGUUAUGACUCAGACUCUGAUGAGGAUUAGAGAACCCAUAUAUUAAGCUCUGUGUUUCUCAGGGCUUCCUACAUAACAGUCCAGAGUCUUGUAAAACCACAUUGUGGUCACUUGUUUUUUUGCAGCAUGUAUUGAAUUUCUUUGUUUGAUCAAUUACUUAAUACAGCCACCUGAAAAGGUGAUAAUUCAUACUUACCGGUAAACCUUUUAUCUAAGUUUGAUCUGUGGAAUUGAACCUUUCUACAAAACAGAAUUCUGGUUAAAGUUCACUUUCUUAUUAACUAAAGAAGAUUGAGUUUCUUCCAGACAGAUUGCACGGAAGCUUGUUUUACUUAAUGGUGCUAACAUGAAAUUAAUAUUUUUGCCUCUGAUGGACUGAUGCUAUGGUCAGUGGGCAUCAAACAAGUGCCAAGGAAGCAAACUUCUGCAUUCCAAUAUGAAUUCCCACAUCUUUCUCCCACUGAUGUGAAAGAAAAAAAUCCUGCAACCUUUCUUUUGUAGCAGUACAUGACUUAUUAAAAAAUAUAUAAUUUUCAACA